UCCUGAGCCGGUAGGGGAAGAACCACACCUCCCCCGGGGAUUAAAAACCAGCCUCGCGGAGGGCGAGCGCUUGGGAUCGCGACGGGAAGGCAAAAUGGAGGCUCGCCGUGCUUUGCAUUUUGUCUUUAAAGUUGGCGACCGGGCGCAGACGGCGCGUUUCUACCGGGAGCUACUGGGCAUGCGCGUGCUAAGACAUGAAGAAUUUGAAGAAGGUUGUAAAGCCACGUGUAAUGGUCCCUAUGAUGGCAAAUGGAGUAAAACGAUGGUGGGCUAUGGUCCGGAGGACAAUCAUUUUGUCGCAGAGUUGACCUACAAUUACGGUGUCGGGAAUUACCGCCUUGGCAACGAUUUUCAGGGGAUGACCAUCGCCUCUAGCCGUGCUGUGAGCAAUGCCCAAAAACUGCAGUGGCCGCUCAAGGAGAUUUCGGCCGGCAUCUAUGAAACAGAAGCGCCGGGAGGGUACAAGUUUUUUCUGGAGGACAAAAUGCCACCCAAGGAAGAUCCUGUUGUGAAAGUGACUUUGGCUGUGUCCAGCUUGCCGAAAUCCGUGGACUACUGGUCAAAGUUGUUGGGGAUGAAAGUUUAUGACACGGAUGAGAGCAAGCAGAGAGUUCUCCUGGGAUACGCGGAGAACCAGUGUAAACUGGAACUGCAGAGCAUCGGCAAAACGGUGGACCACGGGACAUCCUUUGGGCGUAUCGCCUUUUCCUGCCCCAAAGAACAGCUGCCCGGGAUUGAAGCUUUGAUGAGGAAAGAGAACCAGAAGAUUUUAACCCCACUGGUCAGUCUGGACACGCCAGGGAAAGCGACGGUGCAAGUGGUCAUCCUGGCGGAUCCUGACGGCCAUGAAAUCUGCUUUGUGGGAGACGAAGCCUUCCGGGAGCUCUCCCAGGUGGACCCAAGUGGCGAAAAACUCUUAGACGAGGCUAUGGCGGCAGACAAAAGCCACGAGUGGUUUGCAAGGCAGAACAUCACGAAGCCUUCCGCGUAGCAUCGCCAGUGUGCGGUUCCUGGAUUAGACGUGGCAUCGCCUUAUCUCUUGAAGAAGCAUCCUCCUCUCACAUCACAAUGGCCUUUUCGCCUGCUUCCGCCUCUGAAUGAUGUCAUUUCUCUGGAACAACACCUCCUAAGGUUAGGCUGAGAUCGAAUGGUUCCCAGACCUUUCUGCAUCACACCCCUUUUAAAACAUAAUGAUAAAUAAAUCCUCGCCUCUCUUUUGCUAUCAUCCAAACACCAUUUAACCCUUUUUGAGAUUAAAAAAAAUGCAAACUUCAAGAAUUAGAUUUUAAAAAAUAGCCACAAAUGCCAGUCACAGGUUAAUAAAAUGUAAUUAUUAUGGAUAAAUGGUGGAGAUAAAUUUGAAAAUGUGAAAUCAAAACCUGUAUACCUUUA